GGAGGGAACGUUCGAACUGGAGGAGCAGGAAGCGAGAAGGACGAGGUGAAAGAAAAUCAAACGAUAACAAUUCACCAUGAUACGACCUAUAAAUAGUUGGGAGGAACUUCCGUUGGUUCAGUCUCCGCUGAUUGGUUGAAUUUGAAAAAUAUUUAGUCCGCGAGGUGAGUGGAGGGAACGUUCGAACUGGAGGAGCAGGAAGCGAGAAGGACGAGGUGAAAGAAAAUCAAACGAUAACAAUUCACCAUGAUACGACCUAUGAAGCCUAAAACCCCCCGUAGACCUGUUCCGAAGAAGCCAUCCAGCAACCAGAAAGAUCCUGUUGGUGUUUACUGUCGUGUGAGACCUCUUGGAGUGGAGGAUGAGGAGUGUUGUAUUGAGGUGAUCAGCAACACCACCAUCCAGCUACACGCUCCUGACGGACUCAAAGCCAACAGGAAUGGAGAGUUCAAGGAGACGCAGUACUCCUUCAAGAAGGUGUUCUGCAUCAAGACGUCCCAGGUGGAAUUGUUUCAGGAUGUUGCCAAGCCCCUCGUUGAUGACCUCAUUCACAGUAAAAAUGGUCUACUGUUUACCUAUGGGGUGACGGGCAGUGGGAAGACCUUCACUAUGACUGGGGCUCCAGGACAGGGAGGCCUCCUGCCCCGCUCCCUAGACAUGAUCUUCAACAGCAUCGGCCCUUACCAGGCCAAACGAUUCGUGUUAAAGACCGAUGAUAAGAAUGGUGUGGAGGUCCAGACUCAGGUGGAUGCUCUGUUGGAGCGACAGAAGAGGGAAAACCAGCCAACUGUUGUCCCUAAAACACCCUCCAGGCAGAGGCUGGACCCAGAGUUUACAGACAUGAUCAASCCAGAGGAGGCCUGCAGGGUGGACGGGGUGGACGAGGACAGUAGCUACAGUGUGUUUGUGUCCUACAUCGAGAUCUACAACAACUAUAUCUAUGAUCUGCUGGAAGAAGCCCCCUACGACCCCAUCAAACCCAAAGCGCCUCAGUCUAAGCUCCUAAGAGAGGACCAAAACCACAACAUGUAUGGCGGAUGCACCGAGGUAGAAGAGUCUACAGAAGAGGCCUUUGAGGUGUUCUGGAGAGGACAGAAGAAGAGGCGUAUAGCCAACACUCAGCUCAACAGAGAGUCUAGUCGCUCACACAGUGUCUUCAUCAUCAAGCUGGCCCAGGCUCCCCUGGAUGCAGAUGGGGACAACAUCUUACAGGAUAAGAACCAGGUGAGCGUCAGUCAGCUGUGCCUGGUUGACUUGGCGGGGAGUGAGCGCACGAGCAGGACCCGGGCAGAGGGCAACCGCCUCAGAGAAGCAGGUAACAUCAACCAGUCGCUCAUGACUUUGAGGACGUGUAUCGAAGUGCUUCGGGAGAAUCAAAUGUGUGGCACAAACAAGAUGGUUCCAUACCGUGACUCCAAGGUGACUCACUUGUUCAAGAACUACUUCGACGGGGAGGGUAAAGUACGGAUGGUUGUAUGUGUCAAUCCUAAAGCCGACGACUACGAAGAAACCAUGCUGGAUCUGUGUCUGUUCUUUCUGAACUGUGUUCUGUUUCCCCCUCUGGGUCUAGAAUCCACCCAGUCAGUGAUGCACCAACUGCUCCAGAACCUUCCCCCUCUGCCUGCCAGCGAGAUCACGGACCCCCAUGACGACGUCACUCUGCCCCGCCUCAUAGAGGCGCUGGAGAAGAGACACAAGAUCAGGCAGAUGAUGACCCAGGAGUACAACAGGGGCUGGUAGGAUGAUGACCCAGGAGUUACAACAGGGCUGGGUAGGAUGGGUGACC